CUGGUGCUUGGUGUGUUCAGCUGAACUGAAGUAUCAUGGGAAUGCCGUCUCCAUGAUUAGGCACUUCACUGCCAAGCAUGGAGCUGCUGUGAACCAGGGGAACACAAAUCAAGUGGACCGGAAGCGAGAGCUAGAUGAGGCUCUAGUGAACAUGGUGGUGAACGACUCACAGCCUUUUUCCAUAGUGGAUGACUGUGGAUUCAAGGAGUUUGUGGCAUUGCUGGAUCCCACAUAUACUCUUCCAUCCAGACAGGCUCUAAAGAACAUGGUGGUCCACAGAUAUGAGAUGGAGAAGACCAAGGCCAAAUCGGUCGUUCAAAGAGUAGAGGCUGUGAGCCUGACUGCUGAUAUGUGGACCUCCAUUAACAUGGACGCAUAUCUUGCAGUGACCGGCCAUUAUGUGGAUAACUGAGAGACUGGCCACAGUGCUUUUGGGUGUGCUGCCUUUCCCUGAAGCUCAUACGGCUAGUAACAUCACUGCUGCAACAAGGUCACUCAUGGAACAAUGGGGCAUUGAAGGCAACUUCAAUUGUGACAGAUGCUGGAGUUAAUAUGGUUUCCUCUGUCAGGAGUUUGAAUGUAAGGCACGCUCUUUGCUUUGCACACUCAUUAAAUUUAGUGGUGAAGAAGUCCCUUGACGCAACUCCUGGUGUAGAUGACAUAUGCACAAGGGCACGUAAAGUAGUCACUUUCUUUAAAACAAACACAACAGCCAAAGAGAAGCUCAGAGAAGUCCAGGAGCAUUUCAAUCGGCCAGUGAAGAAGCUUAUUCAGGAGGUGGACACACGCUGGAACAGCACGUUCCUGA